CUCGUUUCCUCCCUUAUCCUCAUCCCAAAAUUACAAUAUCUCCCCUCACUCCCCUAUCCCUGAUCGCUCAUCGAAUUUCCCCUUUCAUCAUGUCACCACCAUCAUCAUAUAUCCGUCUCCAGCCAUUCUCCUUUUCCAUCUUACCUGACCAUCCCUCUCUCACUCGGAUGCCAACUCGACCACCCCUGCGCGACUUCCUCCACGACAUUCUAACCCAAGCCCAGUCCUUCGUGUCUGCCAUUCCGACCACUUUUCAUCCGACCCGCAAACCACGCCGUUCACCCCCAGCUGCAGCCCCUGUCCUCCUCUCUACAUACUCGCGUGCCGAAGCCUGCUCCGGCACGAGCACCAGGAAGUCGAAGCAGCAGCAGCAGCAGCGCGGCUCUGAGUUUUGGAUCUGUCGCACAAGCGUUCACGAGAACGCGGCCCGCGAUGGCACCGCAUCCUCGGCAGAGUUUCGUGCCGGGCUGAGGGAGAAUCAUUCCGCACAUGAAAUGGAAUACACGCCUAGCGUAACCGCCGUCGAGACAUUGCUGCAGUGGCCAUCCCAGCCAGCGAUCGAAGGUGGGUGGCAGCGGGUGGAUAUCCAUGUGAAUGUGAUUACUCACACCUUCCAUCCGAGGCUUCUCAUUGCCCCGCGCACCUUCAUUGUUCUUGUCGUCUCCGCGGACCAACCGAGCGAUCAGAGCGGCUUUGUAACCGUGCAAAUCCCAUUGUCUUUGAAUGUGGAGCCGGCCGAGACCCUGCCAGACCUUCUCUGUGCUGUCACGGCCGCCCAGCCUCCAAAUGCGAUACUUGCCGCGUACGCGAGCGUCGAACAGGUGUUGUUCACUCCUCCCGAGACGGACACCGACAUUGCUACCUGGACAAUGGCUACCACCUCUGAUGCUGGUGGUGCCAUUCCGAGCUGGUUGCAACGAAGCUGGACUCUGGGCGGAGCCCCGAGGGCUGUCGUGGCGGAUGUUGGCUUGUUCAUGAGAUGGGUAGCCAGCAAUAGGUCAUAAAAUGGCAGAUAUGAGCAUGCGCAGACCAUAUUCAGAAGGCGGAAGGUUGG